GUUCACACAAACCGUGUGACUCGAUCCCACUUAGCUUCCCCGGGGCGAGCACAUAUAGAUUUGCAUCCAUCCAUCCAUCUAUAAAUAGGCCCUGCCUGGGAUUGAUUGUAAGAGACCAAUCCAUUCCAUAAAAUUUGAAGCUAAUAAGGUAGGCCGUUUGAUUUGCUGCGCGCGCUUAAAAGCUAGCUAGCUAGCAAUUAAGGCUUGCUUAGGGGUAAUAUAUAUAAGUGAAGGUGAAGGAAGGAGGUAGGAUGCUACGGUCGAUAAGUGGGAUGGCAGGGGCGAGUGGGUUCGGGUCGGCGUCGACGGCGGCGCAGGUGAGCGAGGGCAUCGACGCGUCCAACCUGAGGGCCAUUGUGACGGGCGGGGGGAGUGGGAUAGGGCUGGAGACGGCGAGAGUGCUGGCGCUGAGGGGGGCCCACGUGAUCAUCGCGGCGAGGAACACGGAGGGCGCCGAGGCGGCGGCGAGAGAGGCGAUCCUGAGGGGCAACCCGGAGGCCCGGGUGGACGUGAUGGAGCUGGACCUCUCCUCCCUCAGGUCCGUGGAGGCCUUCGCCGACGACUUCAACGCCCUGGGACUGCCCCUCAACAUCCUCGUCAACAACGCCGGCGUCAUGUUCUGCCCCUUCCACCUCUCCCAGGACGGCUACGAGAUGCAGUUCGCCACCAACCACCUGGGCCACUUUCACCUCACCAACCUUCUCCUCCCCAACAUGAAGGCGGCCGCCUCCGCCUCCGCCGUCGAGGGCAGGAUUGUCAAUCUCUCCUCAAUCGCUCACCGCUACCCCUGCACAAAAGGAAUCAAAUUUGACCACAUCAAUGACAAGAAAAGUUAUAAUGACAAAAUGGCGUAUGGGCGCUCCAAGCUAGCCAACAUCUUACAUGCGAAUCACUUGUCUCGUCGACUACGGGAAGAGGGAGCAAAUAUAACUGUGAAUUCGGUGCACCCAGGGUUGAUAAUGACAAAUCUUAUGAAGCAUUCAACCAUCCUUAUGAAUGUUUUAAGGAUUUUCACUUCAGUGAUUUGGAAGAAUGUCCCUCAGGGGGCGGCCACAACCUGUUAUGUGGCUCUUCAUCCCAAUGUGAAAGGCGUUUCAGGGAAGUACUUCGUUGACUGCAAUUUGUGCAAGCCCACCAAAAUGGCAAGAAAUGAAGCUUUAGGAAAAGAGCUUUGGGAUUUCAGUCACCAAUUGGUGAAACAAUCUAAAAACAAGUAAAACAUGUACUGAUUCAUAAUCGUGUGUGUAAAAUAUAAUCAAUAGUGCUCCAUAUUAUUGCCUAGUGAACAUCACUAGCCUCCUUUUUGUGCUCCAUUUAAUUAUGUGCAAUAACACUUUAUAUAUAUUUGAACAAUGGCAAGAGUAUUGUGUCGAUAACACAAUUGCUAUAUUAUAAUAAUUAUAUUCGCAUCUAUCACUUUCAG